GACUGGGAGCACCUGACUACCCGGUACUACCAGCGCUGAAACCUAGUGGAGCCUACCCUACAAUCUGACCGUCGGUAAUGGCGAGCUGUACAAUAUGUCUGCCUGCGCUGAUGAUUUUAGUGUUGGACCUUAACACAGUGGAAAGCGUGUGGCCUUUACCACAGAAACUUGCCAUUUCAGAGGAACGGUAUCCAUUGAGCCCGACUCAUUUCAACUUCUAUUAUGGAGAAGAUCAAGCCUCCAUUAUGAGAGACUGCUCUCUAUUGGACUCUGCGUUUACCAGAUAUUUUCCUCUGAUCUUCCCAGAUCUGACUUCAGGUAAUGGUGUCCUCCCUUCAACUGAGGAAAAAGCGUUUUCUUUGGUGGUCACGAUGCACCAAAAAGAUUGCGAUGGCUACCCAAAUGAAGGCUCAUCGGAAAGAUACCAGCUGAAUGUAUCUGCAGGACAGGCAGUUCUGAACUCUGACACGGUGUGGGGUGCUCUCAGAGGUCUGGAAACCUUCAGCCAACUGGUUCAACAAGAUGAAGACGGCACUUACUUCAUAAACAAGACAGAGAUUGAGGACUUUCCAAGCUUCCAGUACAGAGGGAUUUUGUUGGACACUUCCCGCCACUUCUUGCCAUUGAAGGCCAUUUUAAACACCCUGGACGCCAUGGCCUAUAGUAAAUUUAAUGUGUUCCACUGGCACAUCGUGGAUGAUCCCUCAUUCCCCUACCAGAGUCGUACCUUUCCAGACCUAAGCAGUAAGGGUGCCUACCACCCCAUGAGUCACAUCUACACCCAGUCUGAUGUUCGGAGGGUGCUUACCCACGCCAGGCUCAGAGGGAUCCGUGUUAUCCCAGAGUUCGACUCACCCGGCCACACGCAGUCAUGGGGGAAAGGGCAGCCCAAUUUGUUGACCCCUUGUUACAAAGGUAGCUCCCCGUCGGGGACAUUCGGACCGAUUAACCCAGCGUCCGCCCUCAGCUACACAUUCAUGAGCCAGUUCCUCAAGGAAGUGACUUCAGUGUUCCCUGAUCCAUAUUUCCACUUGGGGGGAGACGAGGUCAACUUUAGCUGCUGGCAGUCCAACCCUGAUGUCCGGGCAUUCAUGCAGAAGAUGGGAUUUGGGAAAGAUUACACCAAACUGGAAUCCUUCUAUAUGGAGAACAUAGUAAACAUCACUUCAAAUUUAAACAAGACUUCUAUCGUGUGGCAAGAUGUUUUCGACUACCAUGAGCGGAUUCCCAAGGACACGAUUCUGCACAUUUGGAAAGGGCUCCCUGCUCAAUAUAAAGCAGAGACGAGCAGGAUGACGAAGGCGGGCCACCGGGUCCUGCUGGGAGCUCCGUGGUACAUCAACCACAUCGCCUAUGGCCAGGACUGGCGGAUCUCUUACAAUGUGCAGCCACUGAACUUCUCUGGUACGGAGGAGCAGAAGAAGCUGGUGAUCGGUGGCGAGGUCAGCAUGUGGGGGGAAUAUGUCGACGCCACCAACCUCUCUCCUCGCCUCUGGCCGAGAGCGUGUGCCGCGGCGGAGAGACUGUGGAGCGAUGAGAGCCAGACGCGCAGUGCGGAGGCGGCCUUCCCCCGUCUGCAGGCGUUCCGCUGCAGCCUUCUCAGGCGUGGCGUCCGGGCGGAGCCUCUUAGCCCUGGCCACUGCAGGAACGAGUACCGGGGAAUCUGAGGAAGAAAACCUUUUUUUUUGUAAGGACUAGUUCACAUUUUUGGAUACCUUAUGCACCCUAUCAAAAGGCAUGUAUGACGUGUCUGUUCAGGGAUUAUUAUGUUGCAAGUUUUUAGUUUGUUAUGGCCAGUUGUUUUGCAUUUAACUAUUUUAGUUUGGUUGCACAAAAUAUAGUGGACAUCCUACCAUUGGAAAAAAGUUGGUUCUCAGAUUGCUGUUACAUUGUGGGAUGCAUGCAGUGGAGGGGUAAACCU